AUGGAGGCCACUACCAGGAACCGACUCCCGACGCUGUUCGAGGUGCUGAGCAGGAGGACCUUCCCCCCGGUCGACCUGUUCUCGUUCUUCAUCUACAUGAGGGACCACCAGCGAUCGCUGGACUAUCUCGAUUUCUGGCUCGAUGUCGCACAGCACAUGUCGCUCUGCCGCCACUACGUGCGUGAGCUCCGUCGUAGUGUCCUCGUGUCGACGCCGGAGCUUGGACAGGAGAGGGAUGUGAGCUCGGGCCAGUACGAUUUCGCGGACGAGGACGAUAAGGAUAGCAACCAGAGACUCUCCGCGUUCCUGAGAUCGGCAACCCCGGACCCAAGUAUGUCGCAGCAGCGACGAUCCACGGGCGACCACCUCGAGACUCCUCCCACUGGCGGCCCCUCGUUCAUGUCGUCCUCGGGUAACGACCCGACGACUUCGUCGUCGAUCGCCCAUACCGUCAAUCGUGCCGAUGUGCGCGCCUCGGCCGAGAAGAUUCUCUACACCUAUCUGCUGCGUGGUGCAGAGCGCGAGAUCGUUCUCCCCGAGCCGAUAUUGCAGUCGAUACAACACGCGAUAGAAAUCGAGUUGAGGGAUGACCCGGAUCUGUUCAUGGACGCCAAGGACUAUGUGUUCCAAGCGAUGGAACGCGAUGCUUUCCCCGGCUUUCUCAGAUCGAAGGCGCUCGGGAACCUGGUGCCCACCAGUGUGAUGUUGCGGUUGGUGAUUGGACUGCUAGCGAUGUUUGGAGGUUUCUGGGCCGCGUUCUCGCUCAUCUUCCUCGACAUCCAGCCGAGAGUGACACGGCUUUGGCUCAUUCUGCCGUUCCUCAUCGGUGUGUACUGUCUGAUCGCGAAUCAGUACGAGCUGGACCCGAUAAUGGGCUUGAUUGGAGUCAGCGAGUACACCUUCAUGGAGUUUUUUGCAGUCCGGGAACCCUACGUCCGCAGACUGUUGGUCAAACGCUCAAUCUGGAUUCUCAUUCUGACGCUUGGAAUUGUCGUGGCGCUGGUUUGUCUCUACACAUUUGUUCCAGGCAAGCGAUUAUAA